AUGUCUGUGCGCUUCUCUUCAGCAUCCCGACGAGUGGGCUCUGUGCGCCUCUCAAGUGGAGGGUCAGGGUUGGGGGCUGGAAAUACAUGUGGUGUGCCAGGCAUCGGAAAUGGCUUCUCAUGUGCCUUUGGGGGCAGCUCAUCAGCUGGAAGCUACAGUGGAGGGCUGGGCAGUGGAAGUGUUCCGUGUUCUACCUUCACUAGCAAUGAACAUGGCCUCCUGUCGGGCAAUGAGAAGGUGACCAUGCAGAACCUCAAUGAUCGCCUGGCCUCCUACCUGGAGAAUGUCCAAGCAUUAGAGGAAGCCAAUGCUGACUUAGAGCAGAAGAUCAAGGACUGGUAUGAGAAAUUCGGACCUGGUUCUUGCCGUGGUCUUGACCAUGACUACAGCAGAUACUUUCCAAUCAUUGAUGAUCUUAGAAACCAGAUAAUUACUGCAACUACAAGUAAUGCCAAUAUCGUCCUGCAAAAUGAUAAUGCAAGACUGACAGCUGAUGACUUCAGACUCAAGUUUGAAAAUGAGCUGGCCCUUCACCAGAGCGUGGAGGCAGACAUCAACGGCUUGCGCAGAGUCCUUGAUGAGCUGACCUUGUGCAGAACUGACCUGGAGGUCCAGCUGGAAACACUCACUGAGGAGCUGGCCUACCUCAAGAAGAACCAUGAGGAGGAGAUGAAGGCGCUGCAGUGCGCGGCGGGAGGCAACGUGAACGUGGAGAUGAACGCGGCGCCCGGGGUGGACCUCACCGUGCUGCUCAACAACAUGCGGGCCGAGUACGAGGCCCUGGCCGAGCAGAACCGCAGGGAUGCCGAGGCCUGGUUCAACGAAAAGAGCGCCUCGCUGCAGCAGCAGAUCUCCGACGACGCCGGGGCCACCACCUCUGCCCGGAACGAGCUGACCGAGAUGAAGCGCACCAUGCAAACCCUGGAGAUUGAGCUCCAAUCCCUGUUAGCCACGAAACAAUCCCUGGAGUGCUCUUUAGUGGAGACAGAGGGCAACUACUGCACACAGCUGGCCCAGAUCCAGGCUCAGAUCGGGGCCCUGGAGGAGCAGCUGCACCAGGUC